AUGACAGUCCCAGAUGCUGCUGCUUCUCCUGCGCCCCACAAGACAACUUUGUCUCAAGAGCAGUCGGAGCAGGUCCGGCUGCUGGGGCACCUCGUGCGGGCAGAUGCAAACAACUCGCAGGUGAAGCAAGAAGCCGUGAUGGAGCGGCAGCCAGAAUGGAGUUUGCUGGAAAGGGCGGGUUUAAUAAAAAAGGGAAUGGCAGCAGCACUUGCGCAGCUGCACGGGCUGGACUCGGAGCAGCGGGCCGACGCCAUCGCCGAGGCAAACCCUAAACCCUAA